AUGCUACAGACCUCUGAGAAACUUGUGCAUCCUGACCUACCACCACAGCAAAUGAAUAAGACAAAAUUAUUGAGUGAGAUCAAGAAAUACAAUCAAAUCAAUGACUGCAGAGAACGCUCUACACAAUACACACAGAACUACAAGCUGGGCUGGAGUCAGGCUCUCAACAACUUUAGCUCGUACGACCGCGGGCACCUAAACCCCGCAGGACACCAUGAAGGAGAAGCCUCCAAAGCCACCAUGACCCAUACCAACGUAGCUCCGCAAGAUGGGAAGAUGAACAAGGGGCUGUGGAACCAGUAUGAGACGAGGCUGAAGGUUAAUUUGAGUGAAGGCUGUAGUAAGAUGUAUGUGGUGACUGGGGUGGUCCCAGGCGACAAGUGGGUAGACCAGAACCAGCGAGUCAAUGUUCCGAGUCACUACUGGAAUGCCUACUGCUGCACCGACAACAACGACAACCCUCUCAAGUCUGGAGGUGCCUUGGGUCCUAACACAGCUUUCAGUGUUGUUACAGAGUAUAACUCUGUUACAGACCUUGAGACAAAGCUUAGAAGGCUACUGAAUGUUGACAACAAUUUCAACAUUUUUAAUGGCUGUUAGUCCAACAUAGAUGUGGACGUGUCUAAUAUAUCUGGUAUGAUUGUUUUGGAUUUUUAAUUAAU